CCAGAGACGCGGCCCGCAGCGACAGGCACAAAGUCACAGGGUAAUGAACUUCGGGGACCCUUCGCCGCUGCGUGCGCGGCUGUCCCCGGAAACUCGGAUCUGGCCACCUCUCCCCUUGGAAGAUCUCCCAGCCAUCUAGUUUCCCGUCUCGGCGCCCGGGCUCUGCAGCGAGGAGCUUCUCUGCCUCUGAGACUGCGGCUGUGAUUUUCGUCUUUCCACAGAAGACCAGCGGUCUGCAGAGAGCUGCCCACUGUGCUCGCCUGUGUGGAGGGAGAUUGGAAACAGCCACAGGCAUGGGGAAAGAGGGGAAGUUCGCCCUCUUUGCUCCGUAGGAAGACCAUUUCCGUGUCUCCAUCUCUGUCCUUCAAUAUUCCCCUCGCGCUGUCCUCCCUCUUCAGUCUGCCUGUCCGCCUGUCCGUCUCUCCAUCUGUCUGUUCAAGACUGUGUCCACAUCGAGCCGCGUCCCCAGCAGCUGCAGUUUUGCUAGAGCCGGGAAAGAAACUUAAGGAUGCUUACAUUUCCACUGUGGAACGAAUUCUGAGCGCCCGGGAGAGCAGGGCAGCGCGCAACCGAUAGCCACCUGUCUGUCUCGCUCGCCCGGGAGCCCUGCAGGCUGGAGGGCGGCUGGAGAGCGGCGGCGCCCGGCGGCGACGUGGGCGCCGUGGGCCGGGAAUCCGGCACUGCCCACCAACCGCUGCGCCCCGGGACCGCCAGCAUGAGCAAGCCCGCCGGAUCAACAAGCCGCAUUUUAGAUAUCCCUUGCAAAGUGUGUGGUGACCGCAGCUCCGGGAAGCACUACGGCGUCUACGCUUGCGACGGCUGCUCUGGAUUCUUCAAGAGGAGCAUCCGGAGGAAUAGGACCUAUGUCUGCAAGUCUGGAAACCAGGGAGGAUGCCCCGUAGACAAGACACACAGAAACCAGUGCAGGGCGUGUCGACUGAAGAAGUGUUUGGAAGUCAACAUGAACAAAGACGCCGUGCAGCACGAGCGGGGGCCUCGGACGUCCACCAUCCGCAAACAGGUGGCCCUCUACUUCCGUGGGCACAAGGAAGACAAUGGGGCGGCUGCGCACUUCCCCUCCGCAGCGCUGCCAGCCCCCGCCUUCUUCACAGCGGUCACGCAGCUGGAGCCGCACGGUCUGGAGUUGGCCGCUGUGUCUGCCACCCCUGAACGGCAGACUCUCGUGAGCCUGGCUCAGCCCACGCCCAAGUAUCCCCAUGAAGUGAACGGGACCCCAAUGUAUCUCUAUGAAGUGGCCACCGAGUCCGUGUGCGAAUCAGCUGCCAGACUUCUCUUCAUGAGCAUCAAGUGGGCAAAGAGUGUGCCAGCCUUUUCCACGUUGUCUUUGCAAGAUCAGCUGAUGCUUUUGGAAGACGCGUGGAGAGAACUGUUUGUUCUAGGAAUAGCACAAUGGGCCAUUCCGGUUGAUGCUAACACACUACUGGCUGUAUCUGGCAUGAAUAGUGACAACACAGACUCCCAGAAGCUGAACAAGAUCAUAUCUGAAAUACAGGCUUUGCAGGAGGUGGUGGCUCGGUUCAGACAGCUCCGAUUAGACGCCACUGAAUUUGCCUGUCUGAAAUGCAUUGUUACUUUUAAAGCCGUUCCUACCCACAGUGGCUCUGAACUGAGAAGUUUCCGGAAUGCUGCCGCCAUUGCCGCUCUCCAAGAUGAAGCCCAGCUGACUCUCAACAGCUACAUUCAUACGAGAUACCCCACCCAACCCUGCCGAUUCGGGAAACUCCUGUUGCUUUUACCAGCUUUACGGUCGAUUAGCCCAUCCACCAUAGAAGAAGUGUUUUUCAAAAAAACCAUUGGCAACGUGCCGAUAACGAGACUGCUUUCAGAUAUGUACAAAUCCAGUGACAUCUAAGGUCUCCAGCACCCACUUUCCAAGACGGGGCAGUAUCAGAUGGACAUCUACCAUGCAGUAUGAGCCUCAAAUAACGAGACUGUCUGGAAGGAGAAACCUGGGAGGAAGUGGCCUUCAGGAAAAAAAAUGUCAGUGGACACAGAAAAAUAACUAUGACCUGCUGCUCCCCUGAAGUGGGACAGCUGGAAAGACCAGGGGUUACAACGGUUACUGUCUCCAUGCCCUGGGAUGGGGUGAACUGGGGUCACCAGCACAGGCUGAGCCAGGCGUUCUGCCUCUGACCUGGGAGAUCGGGCUGAAUCAUUCACAGCUGAAAGACAAGCCGUGCUUUCCUCUCCUGUGUAGCACAUAAAGUCAGUCAGUGAACAGUUCGUGUGUGACAUCGCCACAUACUGCGGCCUUCAGAACUCGGUUGGGUUGGAACACUGACUUUAAAAAAACAAUGCUUAGGUUUUAAAUCAAAAAGUAUUAUCAAACGUUUUUCCUCCUAUCAUAAUACUUCAUUAAGUGGCCUUCAGAACCAAGCGAGUAAGCGGACCAUAGCUUAUGCUGUGUGGUGGUUCCCUUUCCCUCCC